AAAAUUGGUGAACAAUAUACAUGAACAGCCCUGGAUAAGGAGAAGAUCUUAGUGGGGAAUUUUGUCCGUUUGGUUUCUGCUCCAUUGGAAUAAAAACGUAUUUGCAUGGAUUUGAUUAAUUCAAAGACAGUUAUGAAUUUGGAGCAAGACCGGCCAUUCAUUUGCAGUGCUCCAGGUUGUGCACAGAGGUUUCCAACUGAGGAUCACCUCAUGAUUCAUAGCCAUAAACAUGAAAUGACUUUGAAGUUCCCAGCAAUAAAAACAGACAAUAUUUUAUCAGAUCAGACCCCAACCCCUACUCGCUUUCUGAAGAACUGCGAAGAAGUUGGACUCUUUAAUGAACUUGCGUGUUCUUUAGAGCAGGAGUUCAGGAAAGCACAGGAAGAAGAAGACAAUAAAAGGGCAGCAGCAGGGUUGAGUAUUUCUAGUCUAGCUGAGGUGCAGAGCAAAGAGGCAUCAAUUACUGACAGCACUGCUCAAGUAUCGACUCUAUCCCGGAUAGUAUCUGCAACUCGACCUGAAAAGAACAUAUCAGUGCAUGGGUCAGUACAAGGGGCAAUGUCAGGUCAAGCAGCUCAUCAGCUUACCCCUACUAGGAUGCCAAACCAUGACACCGGAAUUGCAAACCAGCAAGCCAUGCCUUCGCCAACUUCCAAUUCUGUCAUCACACAAGCGCCUUCUACCAACAGACAAAUAGGGCCUGUCCGAGGAUCUCUAUCUUCGCUGCUCCAUCUUCAAAACAGACAAAGGCAGCCUAUGCCUGGGUCGAUGCCUGGCAACCUUCCCAAUUCCACCAUGCCAGGAUCUUCCGCAGUACUGAUGCCUAUGGACAGACAAUUAUCCAUGAGUUCUAAUAUCAUGGGGAUACCAGGACCCCCUCAAGUUCACCAAAUGCACUCAGAAGCCAAAAUGAGACUUAAAGCAGCGCUGAGUCAACACCCUACAGCUUUGUCAAAUGGAAACAUGAAUAUGAUGGGUCAAGUAAUGGAGAUGAUGACAUCCAGGCAGGAACAGGCACCACAGCCACAUCAUCCCAUGCACUCACAUGCACACCAGCCUCCCCCACAACACCCCUUCACGCAUCAGCACCAACCACAACCACAUCAGCUUCACCCUCAUCACCACCAACAAAGCCACACCCAUUCUCAUCCAAACUUACACACACACAACCCACAGCAUCACAAUCCCCCACUUCAGUCUCUGCCCACAGGAGCACAAAGUCAGGUCUCACCUGGAGCACAACAGAUACAGUCUCCUCAAUCAGGACAACCAACUCCAAGCAGCGGGGGCCGCAGGAGAAGAGUUGUUGAUGAAGACCCUGACGAAAGACGGAGGAAGUUUCUCGAAAGAAAUCGCGCAGCUGCAACGCGCUGCAGGCAGAAGAGGAAAGUAUGGGUGCUCUCACUGGAAAAGAAAGCAGAGGAACUCACACAAACAAACAUGCAACUUCAGAAUGAGGUCUCCCUCUUGAAGAAUGAGGUGGCACAGCUGAAGCAACUGUUAUUGACACAUAAGGACUGUCCAAUCACAAUGCAGAAGGAGUCACAAGGCUACUUGAGUCCUGAGAACAGUCCACCUGGAAGUCCUAUCCCUGCUUGUUCUCAACAGCAAGUCAUCCAGCACAAUUCAAUUAGCACUUCAACUGCCGUCAGUGAGGUUGUAGGCAGCUCCACCCUCACCCAGCUUGGGAAUCAGCGAACAGACCGGAACCCUAUCCUCUAAGUACCACCUUCCAUCAGGGGUGCGCGGGCAGGAGAAAAGAAAAAUUGACACUCCGUUCAGGACUUUGGAAAGAUCAACAUCAUCCUGGAAUUAAAUACACUUUAGGGGGAAAAAAAGACUCUUGCUAUUCAUUUUAAUAGUUAUCAAAAUGCUAUUUUUUUUUACUUUUAGUUAUAAAAAAAAGGGAAAUAUGCAAUUAAAAAUGCUGAUAGCUCGGGAAUGCUUUAAUGCUUUCUCAUAACUUGCUGGUAUCAAUUUGAAGAUUCUGCUAAGAAUGUUUGAACUUUUUGAAUUUUAUUACCAUGUAUAUAGUCUCCACUUAUUACCAGUGGCAAGUUCUAGGUAUCUAACCAAUCUGCAAAUUAACAACUGGAUUAAGGUAUCUAACAGCAAUGCCAUCACUGAAAAGAAGCCUCCAGUCUAUGCUAUAGACACAGCCCAUAGUGCAGUUUCUAUUUCUUAAAAUUGUUCAUUUGCACUGAAAAUCAAAUUUUAUGAAUUGAUAAGAGUCACUAAUUGAGUCAGAAUAUAUUGAAAAAUGCAUUUCAAUAUCAGAAACAUGAUGUCACUCAGUCUUCCCUUCUUGCAAUAUGAUCAAUUGAAUACAAGUUGUAAUUUUUAUUAUCUGCACAUCUUAAGAAUCUGUUUUGCAUUCAUCACUUUCUCCAUUCACAAGAGUUAUUUUGCUAUCUACUUCAGCAUCAUCUCUUAAGAUUGACAAGAAAGAUCUACUCAGCAUCCCUGCACCAUCUGCAGUUACAUCCUAAUGACAUUGCAAUGACAGUGGCCGUCGUUCAUGCAAGGUGCAACAGUUCCAUUUGUGCAAACGGCAGUUUACAUAAGCAAAAUCUCGCUUAAAUAUGGCUUUAACUACCAUUGUGAUCAAAUGAGGGGGAAAUGUAGCCACAGAUACAAAGCAUACUUGAUGUUCUUAUAAACUGGAGAACUGUACAUAAAGUCAAUUAGUUAUAAUCCACAUUAAGAUGCAGCGAUCCCAAUUUAUUUGAAGCAUCAAAUGGGAAAGGUAGUAAUGUUUUCAAAAAGAAUAUUAUUUGGGACUAAAUGCUGACACUUAAUUUUUUUUUAUUAAAUACUGUUUAGCAUAUUUAGUGGAAAAAGACGACAGUGUAAAAAUGUAUACAUCUCAGUGAAUGAUCUGUGAAGUACAGUUUUGAUUCCAUCCUUAAUUAUGAUCAAAAGCCAAAGUCUGCUGCCAAACGUACCACCAUACUGACUUUACAUUUGUCUUCGAACCAAUUAUUCUUGAGGCAGGUCUUACCUAUUGACUGAUGCACUUCCUGUGGCCUAAACUAAAGCAACAUUAAGUUAAUAUAAAGACUAAUUUGGAUACUGCUCAUGGAGUAGACUAUUAAUACAAUGCUGAAUGAGCAGGAAGGCAGAUUGGUGAAUCGACUGCCUUGACAAGGAACUGCACUUGGGGACAGCGCUGCCCAAAAAAUGAAAGGCCACAGCACUGGAACACAGGCCUAUAAUUUCCUAAUUUGCACUUCUUGCUGAUGACACAUCUUGCUGGGAAUGCCCAACCACAAGGGUAGGUUUUAUCCCGGAGAGGGCAGGUGAAAGUGAGCAGUUGGGAACGGAACUGCACUGACUGGCCUGAACUUCACAGUAAGAGAAUUUCAACUAACCUGCCUCAUUUGAAUGCUGUCCGGUUCAAUACCAAGUGUUUCACCAUCUACCCUAAUUAGCAGUGUGAAAAUUCAUGGGUAGAGGGGAUGGCUCUACAAUUCCAGUCAACUACUCACGUGCUCCAUUCACACAAAGUGGAGAAACUUAACUUUCCCCAUGGAAUCAGCCCUCAUCUUUCCUCUUUAACAACUUUGAAGGGAAUGCUAUGCCUCAACAUACACACACGAGAUCUGGAGCCUUCCCACUUCACCAAAAAUCUCUCCCAAGAUAGUUAACUCAUUACCAUGUCAAUUCUGAAAUUCUGGCUAAUUGCAAUUAAGCUGCAAAUCUCUAUUCAAUUUUUCCCCUAAAUAUUCUAGUAUAAAUUCAAUAUUAUCCAGAAAUUGGAAUAAAACAUCCACCUCUUGGCACUGAAAGUGGCAUCGCAAAGCUGAAGACUUGCAUCAGCCUUCAACGCAAAUUUCCAACCAUUUCCUAUGGAGAAAAGCUCCACACAUGCACUGAACUGGUAAUUUAAUACCAUCUGUCACAUGGAGUGAAUUAAGCUAAACCUAAAAGCAAACCCUUUGGGAUAGAAUUCAGUCUAAGCGAACCCAAUCCAGACAUAAUGCAACCUUUAGGAGGAGGGGUUGAGGAUUAUGGUGUAGCCCUGGUUUUAGUGAAAAUGUUUGAAGCGCCAAAGCACUGGAGAGUAAUGUUGUAAUUUUGAUCAGAUUUUUUUUUAAAAAAAGAACUGUUGUUGAAGAAUUUUGCAAAGAAUCAAACUAGAAAUUAAUGCAUCCCCAGUUAGAGACGAGAGUCUCCUUAAUUGCUCAAAAUUAGAUUCAAUCAGUAGAGCAGUAUUUUUAUAUUGUCACGACCAAUAUCACACUGAAGUGAAUUACGUACAUACUUACAUGUGCUAACAAUAUCGGAUGCUGGAAUAAUUCAUUUACCAGUUGACAAAAAGUAAUCAGACCUCCAUAACACAUAGCUGAACUCAGUUUUCAUUUUUAAAAAAGAGUAAAUACAUAAAACAAUAGUAACUAGUACACGAGAGUUUAGUAUGACUGAUAUCUCACUUGUUAAAACCUUCAAAAUGAAAAUUCCCUGUGUAUAAACUGCAAUUUGUUCCAACUGGAGAGAAAUUCACAGUAUUUAACACCAGGUUGUUUGAGGCACCUUUUAAACGGAAGUGUCAAAAAUCGGCAGAAAGGGUUCCAAAUAGAAAUAUGUAUCCUUUUUACAGGCCCAGAGAUGGUGUUUGGUCUUUGGCUAUAUACAUGCAAAUCUGAAACAUUUAACUAAAAAGUUGCCCUACCCCCAAGCAGAUUGUUAUUUGACAAGAAUGAAUGGAAUGAGCAUCGGUAAUUUGUCCUGUCAACUCUUUCUUCCGCAGAAAACUGAGAAUCAACUCUGGCAAGAACUCCAUGCAGCUCUAAUGUCAGAGGCAGUGGUACAGGUCACAUGACCACCAAAGAAUGUACAGCUUGUUGCACACUCUGCUAAGACUAAUUACUCAAAAAGUCCUUCAAAAUGUGUUACACCCGUAAUUUACAUUUUUGUAAAACUGGUCUUGUACCCAUUUGUAGGUACCUACCCUGGAUAUCUAAAAAAAGGAAAGCUGCGCAAAUUUUGUGGGAUAACUUGGUAUGCUUUGCACCUGUUUUACACCAAAGAAAAUGGGUCCAACACAUUUGUAAAUAGAAAGCCAUGGGUAUUAGCAUGAUGUUAAUCAUUAAUAUUUUUUGGACAAUGUACAAAUUAAGUUGAGUUUUCAUGGUUCCCCACAUCAAUUAAAAGUUAGACCUCAUCUUCUAAUGUACAUUUUUAAUAAUAUUCAGCUCAUACCACUUUAGAAAACUUUACUGAACUCAGUUCAAUGUACCAGACAGGCUCAGUGAACAUAAUUGCAAUUCAUACAAGUCAUGCACCUCUUAAAUGAUAGCGAUAAAACAUCCGUGGCAAAUGCUGCAGAUUAAGCAUUCACUCUAUAUAUAAAAACUGUUCUAAACAGUAAAUGUGAAACACAGCCACAUAAAAGAAAAGGAGUUAAGGACUUUACAUUGAAAAUAUUUACCCGUGACCGUUAAUCAUCCUCUAAUAUUAAUUAGAAAAAUCUCUGGUUGAUUAAAACACUAUAAACAUUACAAAAGUACUUUCAGUAGAAAUCUACAGUAUUGUAUCAAUGGCUCCAUAGAAUGUGACUUUUACUAUUGAAUUAAUUUCAAUAUUGAUAACAUCUUAUCCUCACUAAAUAUCAAAGCUGCAUUAAUUAGAUUUGACCCAAGUACAUUUAGUUCAUUGAAUCAUAUUAACUUCAAAUGUGAAACCAUUAUUCAUAAUAUAUAUUGGAAUAUAACAAAGUUUUCUUGCUUUUACAAGGACUGCCUGAAGGGGUUGUUCUCCAGUUUUAAAAACUCUACCAGUGUGUAAAAAAAGGAUUCAAAGAGAAGCAGUGUCUACACGUGUUGAACAGCACUUUACAGAGUUGAACUUUUCUCCUAGCUUUUUUCUAUUAUAUUAUUUCUUUUAAUAAUUAAGCACGUUUAACAAUUUGUCUGAUGCCCUCUUCAGUCUAGAUUAGCUGUGUUCCAUUAUUCUAAGUGUUAUAUGUGGCAAUUGUUCUGAAUCUGUAACUGAUUUAAAUCUAAGGGGGAGAAGGUGUUUAAUGUUAUUCAAUGAAUCAAUCUGGGUAUUAAGCUAAGGGAAGGAUCAGAUUGUACUUAACUCUAACAUGCAUUUUAUUUGUGCACUUUGUUAUUUUCAUGUAUAAGAGUGAAUGGUGGACCCAUAAUUUAGAUUUGCCUUUCAAGAUUCUAUGAUUGACACAUUGGACAUUGGCUGGGCUGUCAACCUACCUGAUGUUGGUUGCACUAAAGUACAGAAUAUAGCUUGCACAGCAGUCAGUAAAUUGAGACUGUCUAAUGCACAUCCCCAUUACAGAAACAUUGUUUACAUUGAUGAUUCCCAUUUAAUUCCCGUUCCAUCUAUCUUUUACAGUCUGUUAUCGCAACAACACAAAUUAAUCCUGACACAUUGCUUCAUGCAUAAAAGCCUAAUGCAGAGGGCCACAAGACGUUUUUCCCCCUGAAAUUAUGGUUAUAAUUUUAAAAGGAAAGUUGUAACAGAAAUUGGAGGGAAUUCAUGCACUUUUGUUGCUGACAAAUGCUUUGUUUGAAGGCCACAUUUCUAAAAUCAAGCACAGCCACAAACUUCAAAUUCAAAGGGUAUGGACAAACGUGGAUUCAGACGAAACGAUGACAGCAUCAGGAACGAACUUUAAUCCUAUUGAUGCAAGGGAUUGCCUUAGUUAUAAAUUUGAUUUUGUAGCAAUGUAGUGCAGCAUUGAACAAAUCCAUUACUUAGCUACCCGAAUUUAAAUAUACUUUAAAACCACAAAACCACAUUCUGCUUUAUAGAUCAGCUAUUGGUUCACAUAAAAUGAUUUCCUAUGGAUUUAUAUUCCAAGUAAUUAUGUAUAAAAUCUCAAAACCUUGUAACUGGGCUUUGAUUAAUGUCCAAUAGAAAUGAUAUGUCCCAAAUAUUAAUUCAGACUGCUCCUAAUAAUAAGUGUAUCUAUGAUUAGCUUUGAAUUGUUGGGAGUCUUAGCAUCUUCAUUAUUUUUGAUGAGUGAAUUCCAUAUUAGUUUUAUUAAUAAUAUAAGUUUAUGAAAAAUAAGCCAUGGACUUCAAAUUGUGGACUGUGUUAUUCACUAUUGAGGACCAAAUAAAUAUUACUCAUGGUAGUCAGAGUUUAUUUAGAUGUUGCUAUAAGGUGCUGAGUUUCUAAAGUGGUCAACAUUCCAGGGAAAAUCUAAUGAAAUGUUUUUGCUUUUUUAACUGAUACUUAUCGGAGAAACUAUUACAUGAUAUCUCGUUAACUUUUGAGAGAAGGAUUGUCCAUUUUAUUUUCAAAAGAAUUUGAAUCAAUUAUAAACAGAUCAGAUUCCAUUCCAAAAUUGAUUUUGUUCCAAGUGCAAUGUUAAAAAAGCAAAUGACUUAUCUCUCCAGUUUCUACAUUCUCAAAUAGAAAUUUAAUAGGCCCUUUUAUUUUGGAAACCAUGUUACCCAACAAGCACUACGAAUGCAAUUAUGUUUGAUAAAGAUGUUUGAAUUAAAAAGGGUAUUUUUUUUUUGUCUUGAACAAUCGUAAUCGGCUUUCCAUAAUGCUUCCUUGGAAUGGUUAUUACUAGAAAGCUUGACAAAAAAUGUAUCGAUUUCCAGAAGUGGAUGUACUUUAUUUGCCUAUGAAAAAUUAGAAAUGUUAUUAGAGGCAUGCAGGCACUUUAGGGAACACAGAUGUUUCACCAAACAGUUUGUUUAUUGGGAGACUUUCCCGAAUCAUACCUACAAAUUCUUCUAUGUUGCCUUAAAGAGAGUUUGAUAAUUAUCAUCUCUGUUGAAAUGAUAGAUUUUGACACCUGGUAGUAUGAGAGCAAUGUAGCUUUUGCUUUUAUUUUUUUCUUGUUUAAAUGGCUUUUAAAAAGCAUUAUCAGAGGUGGACCACCUUAUGCUUCCAGCUUAGCGAAUUGAAAUCAAUGAUGUGUACUAGCAAUGUGGUGAAAGGGAAAUACAUUAAAAUCUAGUUUCUCUGAAGCUAUGUCGAUGCACCUGAAUAUACUAAAAAUCACAAUGGUAACUGUGGCCACGUGUUUCAAGUUCCAGUCUAAAAUAAUGGUUAAUCUCUCAGCACAUCAUUGAGACAGUGUUCUCUUCUUUUGACCCAUCUGGAAUAUAUUUUCCAAAUAUACAAAUGUGGAUCCAUGUGCUGCUGAAGCUGCUUCCACUUUGUUAAAGUGUCCCAGACUGUUUGUUCAGCAAUCUUGUUAAACCGCUUCAAACCCUUAUAACAACAUCAUCAUUGCAAACAUUCUGCCAGCAAAUUGGAUUCUCUCUUCAUAAGCUUUUGGUACUCAUUGAUAUCACAGUGUGGACAACAUUUAUCUUGUAUUCUUCUAGAGAUUUUGUUCACCACUUUCCUUGGUACAAGGAGUAAAUAUUUGGUACAUACUUGUAAAUACUUGUUUUUCAGCACUUAUGUUUUUUUUGUUAUUGUAUUUUAAGCUUAUGCU